UGUUUCCGUACCCGGUUCCCCCCAUUGAAGAGAACGUGCUGGAUGAGGGGAAACUUCUCAAACCCUGGGACACCAAGAAGCUGCCUCUGUUGUCGUCCAGACCAAAGUCCUGUGAAGUUCCCGGGAUCAAUAUCUUUACGUCUCCGGAGCAGCCGUCCGCUCCGACCCACGGAGUCCCUUCAGCUCUCAACACCGGCGGCUCGCUGCCGGACCUGUCCAGCCUCCACUUCCCCUCUCCGCUGCCGACGCCGCUGGACCAGGACGAGCCGGGCUACCUGGGAUCCUCGUCUCUUAGCGGGGGCAGCAGCACGGGGAACCUGGCCUCCACGCUCACCCAGCUGGGCAUCAACGCGGCCAACGCUGGAGGCAACGGCAGCCUCCACCAUCACCACACACACGGUCUCCUUGCGUCUCUACAGAGCACGCUCAGUAACCCCUCCCUGCAGUCGUCGCUAAGCAACCCCAACAUCCAGUCGUCGCUCAGCAGCCACUCCUUUUCCAACUCUCUGAGCUCCGCCUCCCUGCACUCGUCGCUCAGCAACCCGUCGCUGCAGUCGUCCCUCGGCUCCUCCCCGUCCCUGCCGUCCUCCCUCAGCAGCCAAUCGCUGCACUCGUCCCUCAGCAACUCGUCCCUGCAGUCGGCGUCCAGCGGCAACCCGAGCUACAGCAGCAGCAGCGGCAUCGGCGGCGGCUCCGGCUCCUGCUCCUCCUCUUCUUACUCGCCGCUGAUGAGCGGGCAGGGGCAGCAGCAGCUCAGCACGUCGCCGCGGAGACGGGCCCAGCUCUCCCCGCUCAUCCUGCCCAUGGGAGGAGAAUCGAGGAGGCAUCACUCCAAGCAGUUCUCCCCCACCAUCUCCCCCACCCUGUCCUCCAUCACACAGGGAGUCCCACUGGACACCAGCAAACUGCCUCUGGACCAGAGGCUGCCUCCGUACCCGCUUAGCCAGUCCCACCAGCACCAGCACCAGCACCAGCACCAGC